AUGUCGAUUGCACUUUCUGAGUUAGAAGGUGUGAUCAAAGGUCUACGUGAUAUUUUAAGUACCCAACAUCAAAUUGCUACUAUUCGUUCUCACUCUGUUGGUGUGAAACUUAGUAACAGUCUACAGCUUCCUUCAUUUAAUUGUGAUGAUGGUGAUGACUGGCAGUUCUUUAUUAAAGCUUGGGAGCGUGUUAUUGGGUUGGCUGGUACUAUUAGUGAGGGUACCAAGUUGGAGCUGCUGCAUCAAAGUAUUAAGGGCUCUGGUAGAAAAAUUGCUGAUGCCUAUGUUAAUGGUGUGAAAACGUCUUAUCCGGGUCUCAAAGAAUACCUUCGGACUACUUAUGAGCUUUCUACCCAGUGUAGACGUGUUAAAGUUUUAAAGCGUUAUAAUGCGUUGAAACUUAAUAGUCAGCCAUCUUUGACCGACUUUAAGAAGUUUCAGGCUCAGUGGAUUCUGGCUUGCCAACAACUCGCAGAGCUUGGCAUUGGUCUGGAGGAUAAUAAGAAGACCUUGGACUUCUUAGAGAAGCUCCCGAUUGAGAUCACCCGAUAUGUUAAUCUGCAAUAUAAGGAGGUCAUAGAGAAGGUUGACAUUGACAAGAUGAUUGAGGUGGUCAAAGUAUACUGUGAACAUACCUAUGGUGAUAAGGAGAAUGUCGAUUCAGGUCUACAAGUUGCCGGUGUUGCUAGCAAUGGUUCAAAAAAUAGAUCAUUGUGCCGUUUUCACCAGAAAGGUCAUUGUAAAUUUGGUGAUAAGUGUCGAUAUCGACAUGGCGGCACUGAUGAUAGAAGUUCUUCCAAGGAUAAACUUAACUGGCGGAAGAGCCACCAGGGUAGGAAGUGCUAUAAUUGCCAAAAGUUUGGGCAUAUAGCUGCUAAUUGUCCUUUGAAACAGGUCAAUGAUGUGCCGAUUUUGACGAGUACUUCCCCGGAGAUAGCUGUGGUGAAUCCCAGCUCUAUACCUGUGCCUCCUGUUCCUGAGUCUGGUAAUGCUCUUAUUGGAAGUCAAAAGACUUUGGUUGGUGACGAUACAAAAUCUACUACGGUUAAAGUAUGGCCUACUGUAACUGCUUUAUCUGAUGGUACGAGUUCAUAUUUGCCGUGUUUCAAGAUGUCAGUUGAUUGGUAUCUGCUGGUGAGUUAG